CCGGCCGCCGAGGCGCAGUGGCGGCGGUGGCAUCCGCCGCCGGGAGCGGCGCUGGGCUCGGCGGCCGGCUCACGCAGUCGCAGGGAAGAGGAGCAGCCGGGAGCGGCGGCGGGGCCGGGAGCCCGCCCGCCGCCGGAGGACGGCGCGGAGGAUCGGCACAUCCCUGUUCCGCCGGGGGCGGCUCUGCCAACCCCCCCUCCCCGCCGCCGCCUCCCCUCCCUCGCUCCCUCCCUCCCUCGCUCCCUCCCCGCCCCUCUACAGCGACAUCCCUGCGAGUUUGCUCCGCUGCCCGCACCCGUCGCCCGGGCGCCCCGCCGCCGCAUCUCCCCCGCCAUCAACUCCGGGGAGCCGCCGGCGGAGGGCAGGCAGAAGGACCCGAAGUUGCGGCCAGCCCGGGUGAAAAGUAGCGGCGACGCGAAAGGCGACGGAGCCCAGCACAGCCCGGCUCAGCCGAGCGCAAGGCGCCGCCACCCGCAGCCCCCCGGACGGGGGCUGGCACCGCGCCCCGGGCCGCCCUGGACGGGGCAGAGCGACGCGGCCCCGCGGCGGCUUCCGGCCGCUCCGACCCCCGCCCAACCGGCUGCGAAAGAACCAACAUGCAAAGUGGAAGGAAACCCGAAACUGCUCUUUUUACAAAAAAACGUUGGCUUUCUGCCUCUUUCACAUGUUUUCCUUUUGCUUCGUAAUGGAAGGAGCAGGAUUAUAUGAAUCACUGAGGCAAAGUUUGGGCAUCACUGACUGAAGAUAAGAUGAAAGAAGACUUGAAAAUAUGUCGAUACUCUAUGACUAUUAGUUCAGACGCACCUUUUACAAACAAAGGGGAAUAGCGGUUAAAAGCACUGCAGUUUCAUCAAAAGGAGCUAAUGGAUGACCUAUGUUGAUUUUUUUUUUAUUAAUUUUUUUUUCCUUCCUACUCUCCCAUGAGUCCUAAAAGAGAAAGAUGGAAAGAGUGUGUAUGGAAAUUGAGAUAAGGGGAAGGCUGAAGACAAUAACUUCAGUUUUGAAGUCUGUUUUCCAAGUGCUGUAAAUUCCCUAUUUCAUCAAAUGCAACACAUUGUUUUGAAUAAAUUAUAUAGUUUUGUGAUCAGUGGAGUUUUUGUCAGCUCUAGAAGUGGAAUUUGACCUGAUUGAAAGCUUUUUAAAAAAGUAAAUGCAUGACUCCGAUUCCUUUUUUCAAGUCAAGUUUUUCAAGUUAUCAAGAGACGGUGUUUCAGUCUCUUACUGAGCGUUGUCAACCUGUGUUUUAUAUGUGUAUCUUAGAGAUUGUACUUUUUUCCUUAUUUUACUAUUUAUGCUGUAGUGUUGUGUUUGAGAAAAGUGAACUGACAAGACACCUGAGAUUUAAAUUUUCUACAGCCUUGUUAUUUCAAUGUUGUAGCGCAGAUUGCAAGUAAUUUGAGUAUCUGUUAGAAUGCACAGUACACGCUAAGUUUUUUCUCCUAAAAAUAUGCCUUAAGAUGUUAAUUUUUUUACUAACUGGGUCAAAGUUUGAUAUCUGAACAUUGUGUUUUGUUAGGAAAUGCAUGCCUGGGGAAGAGGAGCAGCCUAAUGGAUCAUGGCUCUGAUGUUCAUGGGGCAUACUUUAUUUCUAGCAUUAACAAUGUUUGCUGUCUUCGCUUUUGAAGAAUCUGUAAGCAAUUACUCUGAUUGGGUGACUUUUACAGAAAAUGUAGAUCGGUAUGAAAAAGAGCAACUUGAAGGUCUUAGUGCUGAGCAGAAGAUGAAGAAACCAGUUCUUCAUCCAAGCUUGUAUUUCGACGCUGAAGAAGUCCAGGCACUGAGACAGAAGGCUCAUACAAGCCAUUCGCAUCUAUUUAGAGCCAUCAGAAGUGUGGUGACGGUUAUGCUAUCCAACCCAUCAUACUACCUACCUCCACCCAAGCAUGUUGAUUUUGCUGCAAAGUGGAAUGAGAUUUAUGGUAACAAUCUGCCACCUCUAGCAUUUUAUUGUUUGCUGUGCCCUGAAGAUAAAGCUGCGUUUGAUUUUGCCCUGGAAUAUAUGGAUAGAAUGGCUGGCUACAAAAACUGGUUGGUUGAGAAUGCACCUGGAGAUGAAGUGCCACUCGGCCACUCCCUAACAGGAUUUGCCACUGCUUUUGACUUCUUGUAUAAUUCACUGGAAAAAGAGAGAAGGCAAAAAUACCUGGAGAAGAUAUGGUCUGUAAGCGAGGAAAUGUAUGAGUACUCAAAGGUUCGUUCCUGGGGAAAGCAGCUUCUCCAUAAUCAUCAAGCAACCAAUAUGCUUGCUUUGCUUAUUGGGGCUUUAGUUGCAGGGGUGGACAAAGGAUCUCAGGCAAAUAUUUGGAAACACACUGUUGUUGAUGUGAUGGAGAAAACAAUGUUUCUGCUCAAUCAUAUUGUAGACGGGUCUCUGGAUGAGGGAGUAGCUUAUGGGAGUUACACCGCCAAGUCAGUAACCCAGUAUGUUUUCCUGGCCCAGCGCCACUUUGGUAUUAACAACUUGGAGAAUAACUGGCUCAAAAUGCACUUUUGGUUUUACUAUGCCACCCUGUUACCAGGCUUUCAGAGGACUGUGGGUGUAGCGGAUUCUAAUUACAACUGGUUUUAUGGUCCUGAGAGCCAGCUGGUGUUCUUGGAUAAGUUCAUCAUGAAGAAUGGAGCUGGCAACUGGUUGGCACAGCAGAUUAGAAAACACAGGCCCAAGGAUGGGCCAAUGGUGCCAUCCACUGCACAGAGGUGGAGUACACUACACACUGAAUUUAUUUGGUACGCUGCCGAAAUCACUCCUCAGCCACCUCCUGAUUAUGGUACUGCUAAAAUGCACGUGUUUCCUAACUGGGGAGUUGUUACUUAUGGGGCUGGAUUGCCAAACAGUCAGACAAACACCUUUGUGUCCUUUAAGUCUGGAAAACUCGGUGGACGUGCUGUCUACGAUAUCGUUCACUUUCAACCGUAUGCCUGGAUUGAUGGGUGGAGAAGUUUCAAUCCCGGACAUGAACAUCCCGAUCAGAACUCUUUCACUUUUGCUCCCAAUGGACAGGUGUUUGUAUCUGAGGCUCUCUAUGGACCUAAACUCAGCCACCUGAACAAUGUCUUGGUCUUUGCUCCAUCUCCUACGAGCCAGUGCAACCAGCCUUGGGAGGGACAGCUUGGUGAGUGUGCCCAGUGGCUGAAGUGGAUUGGUGACGAGGUUGGAGACUCAACUGGAGAAAUUAUAACAGCCUCCCAGGCUGGAGACAUGAUGUUUGUGAGUGGUGAGGCGGUAUCUGCUUACACAUCAGCAAUGAAAUUGAAAAGUGUGUAUCGCGUUUUGCUGCUCUUAAAUUCUCAGACAUUGUUAGUAGUAGACCAUAUCGAGAAGGAGGAAGACUCUCCUGUUAAUUCUGUCAGUGCCUUUUUUCAUAAUCUUGACAUUGAUUUUAAAUACAUACCUUAUAAAUUUAAGAACAAAUACAAUGGAGCUAUGAUGGAUGUGUGGGAUGCCCACUACAAGAUGUUUUGGUUUGAUCAUCAUGGGAGUAGUCCUGUUGCUAGGAUACAGGAGGCAGAACAAGCUGCUGAAUUCAAAAAACGAUGGACUCAGUUUGUAAAUGUUACCUUUCCAAUGAAAAACACACUUACAAGGAUUGUUUACCUUUUCUAUGGCCCAUAUGUCAAUGUUUCUAACUGCAGACUCAUAGAUAAUGCAAAAUCAGGAUUUCAGAUUUCGCUUAGUGUCAACAACACUGAAAAUACCAUCUCUGUUGUGACUGAAUAUCAGAAUUUAAAGACAAGGUUGGAUUACUUGGGAUUUGGUGGUUUUGCCAAAGUAGUUCAUGAAAACAAAGUGACAAAGUUUGGUCUAGGUACUGAAUCUGUGGAAAAACAGAUAAAAAAACAUAGGGUGGGUUUCCCAUUUGGAUUUAAAGUAAACAUAAUUGCAGGGUUAAUUUUGGGUGUUAGUUUGGUCAUACUGGCUUUUCAAUGGCGGUUUUACAUAUCCUUCAGUAAAAUGUUGCGUUGGAUCCUGAUACUGGUUGUCACACUGUGGCUUAUUGAAUUGGUGGAUGUGUGGAGCAUGUGUACUCAGCCCAUCUGUGCAAAAUGGAGCAGUGACAUGACAAAGCUAGAACAUGAUAAAGGCAAUAAAGCCAAACAAUUAGAAGGAAACCCUGUUGUUUUGCCAGAUGUGAUCAUUACUUCACUUCCUGCUUCUGGAGCAGAAAUUUUAAAACAGCUGUUUUUCAAUACCAGUGACUUCUUAUACAUCAGAAUACCUACACCCUAUCUCGAAAUUCCCGAGACUGAAUUUGAAAUUGAUUCCUUUGUAGAUCCAUGUGAAUGGAAGGUUUCUGAUGUUCAGAACGGUCAUUUUCGUCUUAUCCAGGGGUGGCUCCAGUCUCUAGUUCGAGGCACAAAAUUACAUUUACAAAACAUUAAUUUAUAUGAAACCAGCAGAAGUAAAGCUGCUCAGCAUUCUGCCAUAAGCAAGGACAAAAGGAAAAGAUCGAAAAAGAGAGAAUCUCUGUCAGAGCAAAGAAGCAGGGCAAGAGGGAGUCAAGAUAAAGAUGCCGAAUAUAUUAGGGAACUGAGAAGGCACCUCAUCUAUUAUCCUAAUGCACGACCUGUGCUUAGUUUAAGUAGUGGGAGCUGGACAUUAAAGCUUCCCUUCUUUCAGGAAAUCCUAGGACCAUCAAUGAGAGCAUUAUAUGUAGUAAGGGACCCACGGGCAUGGAUCUAUUCAAUGUUGUACAAAAAUAAGCCAAGCCUUUACUCCUUGAAAAAUGUUCCACAACGCUUGGCUGCAAUGUUUAAAGGGGAAAGUGGCAAAGGAAAAUGUAGUUUAAAUGAAGGCUAUGCCUUUGAAUAUGAAUCAUUAAGAAAAGAACUUUCAAAUUCUAAUUCAAACGCAGUUUCUGUGUUGUCCUAUUUAUGGCUCACAAACACAGCAGCGGCACUGAGAAUAAAUGGGGACUUGCAGACAACAAAUUAUCAGCUGGUGAAGUUUGAAGAUAUUGUGAGCUUUCCUCAGAAGACGGCUGAAACAAUUUUUGCCUUUCUUGGUAUUCCUCUUCCUCCUGCUAGCUUAAACCAAAUAUUAUUUGCCACCUCCACCAGUCUUUUCUAUCUUCCUUAUGAAGGGGAAAUUUCACCAAGUAGCAUUCAUGCAUGGAAAAAAAACAUGCCUCAUGAAGAGAUUAGACGGAUUGAAGAUAUCUGUUCUUCUCUAAUGGACCACUUAGGAUACCCAAAGUUUGUAGAAUAAAUGCUGCCGGUCAGCAGAAAUUUGCACUAAUGAUCUCCGACUCCCAAUUUGUGGAUAAAUAUUACAGAAGUUUGUUUAUUCUUGUAAAAUGUGUACAGUCUGCUACUUUCAGAGAGAUUAUUUUAAGAAAAAGAUAGUUGUUCUUGCAAGUGUGGGGUUUUUGUUUUGGUUUGGUUUAUUUUUUUAAAAAAACCUUGUAACUACUUUUGCUGCCUUUCAAAAAAAGCUGUGUGAGCCUUUGUAGAACUGCCAGCUGGGUACUCUAUAGCUCAGGGGAUUAGUAAUAGAAUAUGGAGCUUUUCACCUCCAGCUCACCAGUUUGACUCCAGCUCAAGUGGUUAGCUCCUGAAAGUACUUACCAUCUGAUGAUUGUAGGACAGCUUACAUGAAAUUAAACUGGUUAAACUGGCCCAGUUCCCAAUGGUGAUAAUUAGCCCCCAUGGGCAGGUUUACUGAUGCAUUCUGCCUGUGUCUCACUGGUCACUGUAGUGGUGCAAAACAGACAUAAGCUGAGGCUUAAAGGCUGUGCAGCAUCCCUUCAGCAGGAGGAAACAGCCAGAACAUUUGAGUGAAUCUAGUUCUUUAUUUACAGUCUCAGCAGAAAGGCCUGGGACUGGAAUGGACGUGGAUAUUGAAUAUCAUUAUAGGAUAUGGUUCUUUCAGCUCAGAGAUGUGGCACUUAAAUUGGGCUUUGUGCUUGAGGAAAGACUUUAUUCUCCAUGCCUGACAAUGUGGUACCCUUUGUAUCCGGAGAAAAAGAAAUGGGGCAAAAUCUGAGAAACCAACAAGAUCUCCCAAACUAGCAGUUAUAUUUGGAGAAGAUUUUGUGUAGUUUUGACCUGCCUCAACCUAACUUAAUUUUGAAGGUUAACAUCUUGGUUCCUUGCACUGCUUUAGCUGAUACCUCUUGUCUAAGAGAUUCUGCAAGCAUUUUCUCUUUUUGAGUGAGACUCUUCCAUCCUUCUUUUUUGUAACACAUUUCUUUGCUGUUUCUUGUGCAUAAUUUCACUGAGACCAGUGCAAAUAUUUGAUGAUAUUGUCAAUGGCUUAUUGUUGAUGUCUGCAUAAAAUGGCAAUUUGAGAUUUAGAAGAUCUUAAAUAAAUGUCCAGGUCUGUGUUGCUGAGGGAUGUUUUGCUUCUCUGUAUAAUGGGUUUCUGAAGGACAACCAUUGCUAACCUCAGGUCUUCUUUCAGAGAGGGGAGAAAUCCAAAAGUCACCCAUCCCUCAGCCACCUCACAUUUGAGUGAUGUUUCCCUGCAGUAAACUAUUUCCAAAGUUGUCAGAUUUUUAUCAUGAUUUGUGUUUCUUUAACAUGGUGCUGUAAUAUGAUAUUGGUUUGGAAACAGAUAGGCUAGACAGGAUAGAUGUGUCUUUGUCACAGCUUAUUUUCUUCUUGAGUUUGCGCAUGCCCAUUAAGAAAAAAAAUUCCCAUUUCCCAAUUUAACUUGCUCAGCAUUCUUUGGAAAUGCAUGCAUAUUGUAAAUGUCUGCAGAUGUGUAAAUCAGAUCACAAAGAGACAUCUGUUUCCUUUACCAUCUGUUUUUUAUUACAAAUGGAAUUGUCUUGAAAUAUGCCUCAGUUGGUUUGUGGAAGCUGGGAUCAGAGUUUUGGCUUAUUAUAUUGAAAUAUGCGUGUAAUCACUGUUUAUUUGGGUGGUAAGCAUUAGACAAUGUCAAAAGUGCAGUGAGUUUCUUUGUACAGAUUACAGGUACCCUUGCUGAUGUUCAAUAUAGAGUUCUUGCCUUUCCUUCCAAUCUUACUAUUAUGUCCCUGUCUUACCUUGCUGUCUUGUCCCUCCCAUACGUACAUUUCACAUCCUUGGGAGCAUGUUGUGAUGUCUCAUUUUAUCCUAGAUAAAAAUAGCUCUUUCUCGGCCAGUCAUUACUAUGUCAAAAUAGGCCUCUAGCACAAUAAAGCUAUUGAUGAUUUGUGGUCUCAUUGACCAUAACUUAGCUGUCAUUUACUAGCAGCAGUUGUUUUUUUCCCCCUUCAGUCCUAGGUCUCACCUCUGGGUAGGUGGAAUGCCAUGUUAAAGGAUGCAUUAAACAAGUUCAUACACACUGACAUGUUAGUGAAACUUUGGUUUCCAAGUAUCAUUCUCUCAAAUUGGCUUCUCUGUGAAACCAUUUUUGAUUGUAUGCUUAAAAUAAAUUAAAAAAAAGUAUUGAUGUCUACAGUCUGUACUUGAUAGAAUAAGUUUCAGCAUUUUCCUUUUAUUUCCAGGAUUUAUGCUCUAGAAUCAGAAAAAUGAAAAGGCUUUUCUCUGUCAGAUGUUUUAGGGCAGCAGAAGGUAAGCAAUCAGAUUGACUGUGUGUUUGUGGAAGUAUAAAGAGAUCUUAAAAUCACUUUCUGAAAGUGACAUGAAAUGACACAAUAGCCUGUAAACCAACUUUUUGUUUGUUUUUGAGGAGUUAGGGUGGAUAGAAUUGUCUGUUGGGAGCAUCGUCUGUGCUGCUUUUGCAAUGCAGGUUGUUCCAUGCACUUACAUUCAUAAUAGCAUCGUUGCUGUCGUCAUUAUAUGCAAGAUUUAGGAGCUAUUUCUUUUCUGUACUGUACUUUCCUGGUUCAAAGAAUGCAUCAUCCAUUAUUCAGAUUUUGUUGCAUUAUGUGUCCUUAUACAGUUGUGAAAAGGUGGAAGAGAAUUCUUUUCUUUAUUUUUAGAUCUUGUUGUGAGGGCAAAUGCGUUAAAAUCAUUUUGCUAAAAAAUAUGUAAAAGGAAAAGCAGUGUCUUUGAAAACAACAGGGUAGGAAUGCCUAAGGUACGGAAGUCACCAAUUUGCAAUCAAAUGAUUGUUUUGUUGAGUUUUAGAUGUUAAGUUACAUGACCACUUGACCGAAGUUAGUACCAGACAGGAGGCAUCCCAACUAUGGAGCUGAAUGACUGUGUACUGGGAUUGUGGCCUUCUACCUGUAAGAAUAGCAACCCGAGACACAGCCGAAAGUUGAAUAAACACGCAUAUGGUUGACAAGAAUGCCCACUAAAAGAUGCAGAUCUGGGACUUUGUAGAAUAAAUUUCAGUGGCGCCAUCCAUAAAAUGACAGUUGUUGUGGUAUGGAGAAGCAGGAAUACUGUGGAGGCCUGGUGAUAAAAAAAUAAAAAAAUAAACUUGCCUUUGUCUAUUAAAGGAUAAAUUCCAAUUUUUUGUCUGUGCUGAUCCUAAGUCAAAUCGGUCAUUAAAUAGAACUUUUUUUUUUCUUAUGCAAAUGUUCUCAUUGAGACUAGUGUGGUUCCGUGAAUGAAGAAUAUAAGUGCAAUUUGAUAGUAUUAAGUGAUUUUGUGGGCGUGCAGUUAUCCUCAAAAUUUUUUCUGUCUCUAGCAUCCAGAGGAAGAAUGGUCACUACAUAGACACAGAAAUUAACCUCCCCUGUCUCCAUAUAGUAAUGUUUAAGACUGUCAGUGAAAUUUAAGAAUUGAUAGACCUUUUUGAAAAGCAUGUCUGUUCAAGUGCAUUGUACUGAAGAGUGUUCUGGCGCUUUCAGUUACACUUUCAUAAAGAUGAUCAUGAAAACUUGUCUCAGUACUGUAUCUUAACUUUGCUUCCUUUUUCUCCCUGUGUUAAACGUCGGUAAUUAUUUGUACUAUAUUGUAGUUUCAACUGUCCAAUUAUGAGACAGCUAAGAUUUUGAUGUAUCUGAGAAAGGGAGGCUUUAUUUAAAUGCUUACAUCUCUGAAUCAUAUUUGGAAGCCUAAGAAAAAUAAACGCAGAGGAAAACA